UUUCAUAUCUCUUCCUCUCUUCCUAUUUUGUAAUAGAUGACAAAUAAGUAACUAUUUAAGAUCUGAUCUUUCUCUUGUCGAAAACAGAAGCUACAGGCUUCAGACAAGAUCAUUCUGCUGCAGGUUAUCUUCAUCAUUCCCAACAUGAAGAUACUGACUGCGAUUGCAGUUCUCUGUGCCAUGAUGGCUCUGACCAGAGCUUUUGCUCUUCCAGAAGCCGAGGCCAAGGAUGAUCAAACAGUAAAGAGUCACCUGGUCAAGAGGUCAACAGCUUGUCCCAAUGGGUGGUCUCUGUUCAACGAUCGCUGUUUCCACUACUAUCCAAGACCCACAACUUGGGCUAAAGCUGAGAAAAACUGCCAGUCCUUGGGUGCAAACCUUGCAUCAGUACAGAACAUACAGGAGUACCAUGAGAUUCAGAGGCUGAUUACGGCCGCAAGUUAUCAGUCUAAGGAGGCAUGGCUCGGAGGCUCUGAUGCACAAGAGGAGCGUCUUUGGCUGUGGAGUGAUGGUUCUCCUUUCAGCUAUCUGAACUGGUGUAACGGACAGCCUGACAACUAUCGCGGCCAGCAGCACUGUUUGCAAAUGAACUUUGGAGCCGACAAAUGCUGGGAUGAUGUCGGCUGUCUUAUUUCCCGCCCAUUUGUCUGCGCCAAGAAAGUCUGAUGAAUCCUGGGCUGCCAGAGAGGCAUCAAGUACCUGUCGAGAGCAACAAACACACUGUUUUUUGUGUCAUCAGUCUUAUAACUUGAAGGCUCUAUAUUUCUUCUUUUUUUCUAUUGCUGUUAAGCUACUUAAGGAAUGAGAGAGGAGGAGCUGGAUUGUCUCUUAGGCCUUAAAUAUUUUAAGAAGAGCAGACUGAAAUUAAUGCUUUUAGCAACUUAUUCUGGAGGGUGAACUGGUUUUUCUUGUUUUAUGCAAAAUUAAAAGUCUCAAGCAUUGAAACAA